AUGUCCGUCGCAAAUAUCCAACGAGCGGCGCGGCUGUCGACUGGCACCGGGACCGGGACCGGUGGGCUGGACACGUCAGAUUUGGAAAGGUCUAAAGAGCCCGAACUCGAAGAUGCCAUGUCCUUUACGCCCCCGGGUGCAUCUCCAGUACCUGUGGUCGCCCCCGUACCUGCGGAGAUAUCAUCAGAGGCCUUGGCAUACCUCCACGGCUUCCUCCGCGAGGGACAUACAGUUCCUAAAAGAGAGGACAUUGCGUAUAUGCUACAGCUGAAGCCCUUGCGGGAGCUGCCUGGCCAAUGGCUGGACGAACACGCAGGGAGCAAGGACCUCGACCGCCGGGGUAACCCUUGCGACUGGAACCUCGACCGCCUACAGGCUGGCAUCAGACCGCGGAGACGUGCGAAUCGGAAAUCAUCGAGCUAUGAUGGGACUGGGAGCGAUGGAAUGCCUCGAUCUCCGAGGUCGGGGUCUGAGGGUGUAAACGAGGUGUCGAAGCCCACAUUACCACUGCCAUCUUUGCCUGCGCCCCAGAUGUUCGACGACACGAUGGAUGACUGGGAAGAAGCCCCAGGCAGGCUUCUCGUUGAGAACACAACCAAGCCUUUAGCAGGCUCCUUUGUCUGUAUACUGGUACAAAAGGCGCCGGAGAACAAGUCGGCAUCCGGGCUCUCUGAGGAAUCGGGACAGCAUUCGCGAGAGACACGUUUCAUCAAGGAUCCUGAUGGCGAUAGCACUCACGACCAGACCACGGUCGACAUCAUCACCGUGCCAUGCCCUGGAGGCGAUGCUCUCCGCAGCUGGAAUCGCGAUGGCCUCCUCGGGCGCUACUUUGGUGCUCCAGCUAUGCGCGACGCUGAGGGUGCGAGUGGCAAUCUGCAAGGUGCCUCGUGGGUGAGGCAGGGAAUCCGUCGGGAGGCUAAUGUCGCGAGGAUUCUGCUGUAUGAGCACCCUACUCUCGAGGAAGGGACGACAAUAGGCGACCUUGCAGACGCUUUGCUGGAAGAUUUAAGGGCAACGAGAGACGAGAGCUCCGAUGGACAGCGACCCAUCGUCUUCCUCGCGCAUAGUCUGGGCGGUCUCGUGGUGAAAAUGCUUCUCGCGAAGGCGAGUCGCGACAAACGGUUUGAGGACAUACUAAGAGAUUGCUACGGAGUGGCAUUCUUCGGAACACCCCAUCAAGGCUCGAGUUACUUCUCGAUGCCAUCUCUCGCGCCCAGCAUUCAAAAUCUCCUCCAGCUCAAGCAGCCUUUGCCGCUGUCUAUCACAAUGGAUUUGAGUCCAGGCAAGUCCCUACUCCUCCGAGCUGACGAAGCAUUCAAAGACAUCGCCCACGACCUCAGGGUGUGGACAUUAUACGAGACCAUUGACUCCAGGCUCAGCAGCAGCAGAGCAAGAGGCGACGAGGACAGGGAGAAGAAGGACAACCUUUACUUCACCGCACCGCUAGCCUCCAUCAAGUCAGCGAUCAUGGGCAUGCGACAAGAAAGGAUCUUCCCUCUGCAAAGCGACCAUGCAAAUGUGGCCUCGUUUGGACGACACAAUGCGCACACUCUCAAGCUCUUCUUGAGACAGCUCGCUGGUCUCAUAGGGCGAGCGGACGCUAGCGUACGAGAUGACCAAAACAGUGGCGCAAAGUGGUCUCUCCAUCUGGAACAGAAAGUUGGCGUGGAGGUCCAUGGUUUCUUCGACGAUGCGACCAUUGGCCAUGAUCCGGUCAUACGCGCGUGGUCGACAAAGUUGCCCCUCCAGGAAUUCCUUAGAAAGGGUCCCGAGGAGUGUUUACGCGAAAGGCUGAGUGAAGUUUCGGAUGUCCCUGACGAACGACAGUUCCUACGAAACAGAGGCCGGACUAUGACUAUGACUGAGGCAGAGAAUGACCGGGUCAGGAGAGAGGCUGCUGCCAGAGAAGGGCUGGGCAUCAGGAACCAACUUCUUCAGUCGUCGACGCCGCCAAUCUCGCCCGUUCUCCGCCCUGUUGAUUCGUCACCGGGAUCAGCCCCUGAAAUUAUCCCCACGCACCAACAGCAUCAGCAGAUUCGACGCAUGUCGUCACCUCCACCUCCCACCGCGGCUAACUAUCGCGUGCCCACGGCGUCUCGGCGGUCAACAUCUGUGAGGCGCCCAUCACCGCUCAUCCGAGCAGACCUCGAGCAGGAGGCGAUCAUAGACCGUCUGUCUCCGCCGUUACGAUCUCGCUCUGCGGGCAGUAUGGGCCGAUCACUAAGUGACCGGUCCUCGCCCGGCGGAUACCGCGACUUUCCACCAUUCUUACCGGCGAGUGUAAGCAGUGUCGGGAACGAAGCGGACCAUGCAGCUGCCGACGACAAUAAUGACAUUGACUGCUCGCCCCAACUGCCGGAGGCGGUUGUCGCACUCCGCAAGGGUGUCAAUUCGGGGCAAAUAAAGCCGCCCGAAACAGCUGUAGCGGAAGAAGCUCCAAUCUGUUUUGCCAGGCCUGAUGUAAGCCAGCGCAAGUUCGUCUGGAUCCAUGUGCCAUAUAAUAACCCGACCUGGGUCAAGAACAUUAUCGAGACUCUCCAGGUUUCGUACAAGAGGAAUUACUCCGCUCUGUACAGUAACGACUUUUGGGCUUCAAAGCACACCAAGGGUCGACACUCUCAGCAUUAUGCGUACUUUGCCAAGCCCGGUUGCUAUUACACAGCCCCUCGAAACUCGUCCAGGAGACCAUCGAUUUCCCCUCUACCGGCUUCUCCCAGCAUGGAAGACGCCAUCUCGCUAUGCCUGUUCCUACCCUAUCUUCACUUUGACUCGUAUAAGCGUCUUAUUCAUCGAAGAUCCCUCAUACUGCAACGCUUGACCAGAGGUCGCGCGCGUCCUGUGCCGGAUAGUGUCGCUAAAUUGGAUUCCCUGGAGGAGCAAGUGGUGUGGGAGUUUCUGGGACAUGAUCCGCCCAUCAAUUGUCGUCGAACGCUCGAUCAGUUUGGGUACCCUUCUCUCAGGGACACGCGUGGGCGAGAUGACGACCAGAUGCUUUAUAAGCUGACGAAAGAGAGAGAGAACCGCUAUGGCGAGCACCAGAGGGAUCUGUAUGCUCAGUCACUGAAUAGCCGGUCGGCUUCGUAUGGAAGUCAUCGUAGCUGGCGCGAGAGGCUAGCAGGCUUAGACGAUCUACAAGCCGAGCAGGAGCCGGAAGAUAACUUGAUUCGCAACGGUAACGUGCUCAUGGUUGAUCAGCUGUGGCUCUGGGUCAUGCACUCUCAUACACUCCUGUCAUUCUUCCCGAAGCGGGAAAGCGACCCUAUCGAGGGACCCCUGUACCAACAGGCAGACCUGCGCGAUAGUAUCUUCAACGAAGUGAACGUUGACUUGACCAGACAGUGUGAGAAUGCGCUGGACCUUGCUGCGCUCUCGGCACUCCACGCGGUCAGCGUGCUUCUUGACCGCGCUUCGCACCCCGAUCUUGAAAUAUUCCGCAUCUUUGAGGAAGCUAUCAGUGUCUUGACAGAGAAAUUGACAAACUCCUUGAAGGCAUUCCGCCUGGAGGGAUUCAGGGACAAGGCCUCGGCAUACGAGCCCGUCGAGAACAAGGAGCGGUCGAUCCGCGCUCGCCACAAGGAAGAAGGCCACCGCGCUGAGCGUGAGAACCGCGACAACACCUCGGCACUCCUCGAGCUUCGCGAUCUCGAGGACGAGCUGCUCGUCUUGCUCCAACUUUUCGACCGCCAAUAUGCCGUCCUUUCCAGCAUGCUGACCGCAUACGAUAGCCCAGCGCUUAGAGACAAGACAGCGCGCGGGCGGGGCUUCAUCGCAGAAGCCAUCCGCAGGGUCGGAGAGUACCGCCACCGAGCGGACGAGAUGAUUGUGCGUGUCCGCGCCACCCGAGACGACUACGACAAGCUCCUCCAGAUGGUGCAGCGACAGGCCCAGGUCGACGAAGUCCGACUCAGCCGUCUCCACGCCGAUCUUGCCAGUGCCCAGAGCCGGAGUGUCAUGAUCUUCACCGUGUUUACCGUCAUCUUUUUGCCACUCACCUUCUUCACGGGCUUGUUCGGUAUGAACACCCGUGAAUGGGAGGCCGAGACGCCCACGCUUGGGUUUAUCGGGUACGUGUCACUGCCAGCGAGCUUUGUCCUCAUUCUUGUCAGUUUCAUGACGGCCUUCAGCACGCAUACCCGAAAGGUCAUACAGGCGAUCCAGUCCUGGGUCUACUACUGGCUUCGGGCGGCGCAUGACCACACGCUUGGCCCUGUGGUCGAAGCCUACAGACAGCGGCAAUACGAGGCGCAAAGGAAGAAGAACAAGGGGGGCAGGGGCAAGGAGGACGGACGACGAGGCUUGAAGAAUGAAGCAAGUGACUUUUGGGAGCGUCACAGGCUCGAGAGGGAGCAGGGUUAUCAGAUUCCAGAGGUAAAUCGCAGGGUUGCUUCGGGGAGGAAGACUGGGAAGAAGAAGGAUAGCAGGACGAGGUGA